AUGGCGGAAGCUUCUAAACAACAGGUCUUGACCACAGUCAAAGGCCUCCUCGAGUCUGGGGCUUACUCGGAUUUCGUCAUCACAUGUGGGGCCGACACACACAAGGUUCACAAGGCCAUUGUUUGCACUCAAGUAGACUUUUUUGCACAUGCACUUGAGUUUGGUGGAAAGGAAUCAACACUUCACAAAGUUGAUCUACCCAGGGACGAUCCGGAAGCUGUGAAGCAAAUGAUUCAGUACCUGUACAAGGGCGAGUACGAUCCGGUCCUGCCUGAUACGGAGUCAACAAAAACCGAACGAUUUCCUAUGGACGAGACAAAGAGUAUGACAUAUCACUUCUCAGGAAAUACCUUUACCUAUGCAUUUCCGCAUACUUCCCCGAAGACAGACUUUGUUUGCGAAGAAUGCGAUCCAUCACUGGCCUAUGUUCCUCUCAAUGGCACCUCCGACCAGCUUCUUCUUCAUGCGAAGAUGUACGAAAUCACAGACAAAUAUAAUGUCGUCGGUCUCAAAGAUCUAGUCGUAGAGAAGUUUAGCCGGGCAUGCAAGAACUUCUGGGACGAUGACAACUUCCCCGUUGCGGCACAUCAUGCCUUUUCUACCGCUCCCGAGGACGACAUGGAUCUGCGCAGCAUUGUCAGCGCAACCAUCGAUGCCCAUAUAGAGCUGGUCGACAAAUUCGCUGUUAUUGACCUUAUGCUUGAUUUCAGCGAACUUGGCGUGGGAGUUCUCCGGAAGAAGGUUAAAGACCAUGGUUAG